AUGUGGCAACUUCCUGCCCCUGGAGGGGGCACAGCCACCAACAGCAACACUUCACCUCCGCCUGUUGAUGCUCAGACAGCCCCCGACGGGGCCAACCCUGCUGAAAUCAGGCUCCCAAGACCCGGUGUUGGGCUGGUGGCUCAGGGGCAGGCUCCACCCUCCCCCAUUUUAUGGCAAGUGGAGGACAGCUCCCUGACGACCCAUGCAGCGUCCUCCUCAGGCCCAGCCCCCGCCCACCUCCUCAGGCCCUGCAGCGCUGAGUCUGGAAGCUGGGGAGCCCAGAGCCGGGCCUGGGCCUUAGGAGGGGCUGAGCCAGCCAAGUCCAUGCAUCUGCCCCUCUGGCCACACUCCUUGAGGCUGGACCUCCCAGAGAAGGUCUGCAAGAGCUUCUGGAAUGUUCCAGAAUGGAACCUCCCAGCUCAGGAGGAAGACACUGGGAGAGUCCAUGCCCCUCACCAGCCAGCAUCCUCGCCCUCACCCUCCCUCGGGGCCAGUCCCUUCGGGGCACUGCCUGUGCUUUCUGGGGGCGGGCGGAGGCAGACAGCUAAACAGGCAUGCCCUCCUGGCUUUCAGGCCUCUCUGGACCCAGCCCCAACCCCAUCACAGCUGUCCCUGCUGUCCAGCCAGUACUCACAGCAGCCCCAAGGGCCGGAUAAAACACCCCCAGUGGCUCAUGGUCAUGGAACGCCAUCCAUGUACCACCACCAGGCCCUGGGACAGACACUCACAAUCUCCCAUGAUAUAGAAAGUGGUGCCACCACCACAUUUAGAGAUGAGGAAGCAGACGUGCAGAGGCCUCAGAGGUUCCCCAAAGGGCCAGGCCCCUUGCUAGCCCCCCUCUUGCCAGAGGACCCUGGUCAUCAGUUCCUGGAUGGACCUGCCUACCUGUCUCCCCUCCUGCCUGCCCCCUCUGCCCAGGGUGUUCCAACACCACAGCCAGAGUAUGGGAAGGGGACGGAGUCCUCACCUUUUGGGGCCCCCCAGGCACUACCAGGACGAGGCCUCCUCCCUCGGGGUCCUCGCGCUUCCUCCGCCGUGCCCGGUCCGGCGCCUCCGGGCCCCGCUCGGGCCAAGCCGCGGAGGGGGACAAAGCGGCCCGGGGCUGGCCAGCCCGGGGGCGCGAUCCCGCCCCGCCGCCGAGACCCUCCGCCGCGCCUUACCCGGCGGAGGCUCCGCUCCGGGCCAGCGGGAUCUCCGUCCUGCCGCGGCUCUGCGCUGGGCGGCCGGGAGCUUCUGUCCGCGGGGCCAGUCGUCAGCGGUUCUCCCUGCCCGGGCCAGCCCGGCCUGCCCAGCCCCGCCUGUCAGGAGCGCCAUCCUCCAGGCCCCGCCCCGCCCCGCCCCCUGCCCAGCCACGCCUGCCAGGAGCACCACCCGCCCCGCCCCGCCCCGUCCCGCCCCCGUCUGCCCAGCCCCGCCUGCCAGGAGCGCCAUCCUCCAGGCCCCGCCCCACCACCAAGCUCUGCCCCCCGUCUGCCCAGCCUCGCCUGCCAGGAGUGCCAUCCUCCAGGCCCCACCCCCACGCCAGGCCCCGCCUCCCAGCUCCGCCCCCCGUCCGCCCAGGCCCUUCAGUCCAGCCCUCUCUAUCAGCCUGGCCCCGCCUCCCAGGAAUUCUCCAAAGCCAGGCCCCGCCCCCACCUCCAGGCUCCGCCUUCCAGUCCUUCUCCGUCUGCCGAGCCCUUUCAAUCCAACUCGCCUGUCAGCGUGGCCCCGCCUCUCCAAGACACGCCCCAACAGCCAGGCCCCGCCCCCAACCGAAGGCCUCCCGGUUUGCUCCAGAGCACAAUCGGUGCUCAGUACACGCGGCCUCCCGGCACUUUCACCCCUCGGGAUUUCUCACCCUCAGACCAUGUCCCAGACCCCAUGGCCCAGGAGUAUGACUCCAGGGCGGUCGAACCCUCGCGGUCCUCUUUGACCGCUGCUUUCCCGCACCCCCACGUGACACAUGUCAGUGGGGGCAUCAGAGGCCCCUCAGCCCCAUACCGCGGCCCGGCCGUGGGCGGGAACGCUCUCCUCACCCGGGUCGCCUCCCCUCCAGCCGGAUUCCCGGACUCCUCCCAGGACGCCGGCGAGUGGGGCUAG